AUGGCCGACCGAUUCCCCUCCCUGGAGGACUUCUCUGAGGGCCAGACUGAAGUUGUUGAGAACAAUGUCAGUGCCGACGAUGACUUCCUUGCCCGUGAGCGCGCCGCUCUCGGCGAAGACGCAGACCAAUUCGCAACCCCUCAAGACAACGUGGCUGAGGGCCUAGAGGGGGAGAUGACCUAUUGGGCGGCGACGAGGUUCCCGCAGAGGAGCUCGGACAAUUUGAGACGUGUUGCCCCCAGCGGUACAAUCACUGGCUCCGGCUCCCCCUUCCCAACUUCUGGAUAUGUGAACCCCAUGGAAACCGAGGCAGAGUCCGAGGCAGUUCGGGAAUGGCGCGAGAAGCGAGAUGCGGAGAUUGCGCGCCGCGCAGAGGUUUCCAACGAGAAGAAGGAGGCCACUAUUAAGAAGGCUCGCGAGGACAUUGACGACUUCUACGUGUCCUACAACAACAAGUCAGACAAGCACCGCGCCCAGACCAAGACCGAAGCCGAACAAUUCCUGGCCAGCCGGGAGGACACCUCUGCUGGUGGCACCAGCUGGGAGCGCAUUGCGAAGCUGGUUGAUAUCUCUGGCAAGGGCGCUAUCGGUGGUGGCAGCGGAUCGGGCAAGGAGCGCUUCCGCGAGAUGUUGAUCGACUUGCGGAAGGACCAGGAAGCUCCGGGUGCUAGCGGGAUCUAG